AUGUCAACGUCAGAAGAAAAACUUCCGAAGGAGGCCACAUCAAGUGGUAAUGACACAAAUUUACCAUGUGGCAGCGCGACAGUGGAUGAAAAUGGACAUGCUCCUAAAGAGUUUAGAACCUAUCCUCAGGCUUGGGUUUCGUUAUUCCUUCUUGUGCUAGUCAGAACUGCAGUUUCUGUCUUUCAAUACACGUUCAGCGUCAUACCCGACUCGACAAGAAAAUUCUAUCACAUCUCACUUUCGGCAGUCAACUGGCUUGCGAAUAUUCAGUGUAUCAUCUAUGUCUUUCUUAGCUUUUUCACAGGCUGGAUUUUUGAGAAACUAGGUGUCAAACGCUCCAUCAUAGCUUCUGGCUUCCUUUGUACUUUAGGAGGCGUCAUCAGAUGUGUUGCAGUAAAGCUACCCACGCCGUCUUUUAUGAUAACUAUGGCUGGGCAAGUUGUCGGAGGAGCAGCCUCCCCUUUGUCUCUUAAUAUCAUGACAAUGUUUGCUUCCACUUGGUUUACAGAAAAAUUACGUGCAACGGCUGGAAUGCUUGUUGCGUCAAACUAUGGUGCUAUUCUAGUGAUGUUUGUCAUACCGGCUGUCACGGUAAAUGAAACUUAUAUCCCAAUGGUGUUAAACAUGGUGGCAGGACUUGCUCUGAUAAUAUUCGUGCCGCUUUUAUUUAUGCCAGAACGUCCACCAACACCACCAUCAAACAUCAGCCAAAGUGAUCGCCCUCCUUUUAUUGAAGGCAUAAAGAUACUAUGCAAAAAUAUUAACUUUUGGAUACUGUUUUUCAUCCACAGUUUCAAUGUUGGCUUAAGUAUUGCAUUCUGUACUUUAUGUACUCAGAUACUGACACCUCAUGGAUAUACUACUAAGGAGGCAGGUGCUUUGAAUGCUUUUGCCUUUUUUGCAGGAACAAUAGGAUGCUCCGUCGCUGGACCUGUCUUGGAUAUGACAAAGCAGUACAAGCUUUUUCUUCGGUUGGCUUCCCCUAUGGUGUUUAUAACUCAUCUGUCCUUUUAUUUCAUUGUUCGCCCUGAUUCAUUUUCUGCAAUUUUAUUUGCAUUAACUCUUAAUCAAUUUUUCCUAUCAUUUUUAGUACCAGUUGUAAUGGAGCUUAGCACAGAAGUGUCAUUCCCAGUAGCUGAUGCUACUACAAGCUCUUUACUCUGGCAAGGAGCACAAACAUUUGGGUUUAUAUUUGUUGUCGUCAUGGAUGCACUCCGUGAUGCGAAUGGGGUACCAGUAGAUAAUAUGGACAAGGCUCUUAUCUUUGAAGCUUCUGUUGCUGGGACAAUUGUCAUUCUUUCUUUCCUCUUUUAUGGAAGGUUACAUCGGUCAGAGGCGUCUGCAGGCACUGGCAUCUCUACAAAAAUGUAA